GCGUCAUGCGUGGCGCCGGCGCAGAACGGGAAAGAGGCGGGAACGCCGAGAAACCAAAGCUGUCCGCUGAGCGAAGAGACAAACCAGCAGAAGGGUUGGUGUUUCGCGGCAGGUAAUGGCGCCCCCUGAGGCCUAGAGGUCCAGCGCCUGCAAGCGAGCCAAAGACAGUCCUUCCGCUGUGUCCGACGAGAGUCCUGCUUACAGUGAACAUGUUGGUGCCGCUAGCCAAGCUGUCCUGCCCGGCAUAUCAGUGCCUUCGUGCUUUAAAAAUCAGGAAACUUUAUCUACCUCUGUGUGCUAGAAGAUGGGCUUCAACUUCUGCUGUACCUCGAAUUACUACUCACUACACCAUUUAUCCCCGGGAUAAGGACAAACGAUGGGAAGGAGUGAACAUGGAGAGGUUUGCAGAAGAAGCGGAUGUAGUAAUAGUUGGUGCGGGCCCGGCAGGGCUCUCUGCUGCUAUUCGGCUGAAGCAGUUGGCUGCUGAACAUGAAAAGGACAUCCGUGUGUGUCUGGUGGAGAAAGCUGCUCAGAUAGGAGCUCAUACUCUCUCAGGGGCUUGCCUUGACCCCCGUGCUUUUGAAGAACUGUUCCCAGACUGGAAGGAGAAGGGAGCUCCACUUAACACUCCUGUAACAGAAGAUAGGUUUGGGAUUUUAACAGAGAAAUACAGAAUUCCUGUGCCAAUUCUUCCAGGUCUCCCAAUGAAUAAUCAUGGCAAUUACAUUGUACGCUUGGGACAUGUAGUAAGCUGGAUGGGAGAGCAAGCAGAAGCCCUCGGUGUUGAAGUGUACCCUGGUUAUGCUGCUGCUGAGAUCCUUUUCCACGAAGACGGUAGUGUGAAAGGGAUUGCCACUAAUGAUGUAGGGGUACAGAAGGAUGGUGCACCAAAGACAACAUUUGAGAGAGGACUAGAACUACACGCCAAAGUUACAGUUUUUGCCGAGGGUUGCCAUGGACAUCUAGCCAAACAGUUGUACAAGAAGUUCGAUUUGAGGGCCAGUUGUGAUCCCCAAACCUACGGGAUUGGACUAAAGGAGCUAUGGAUUAUUGAUGAAAAGAAGUGGAAACCUGGGAGAGUAGAUCACUCUGUUGGCUGGCCCCUGGACAGACAUACCUACGGAGGCUCUUUCCUCUAUCAUUUGAAUGAAGGGGAACCCCUAGUGGCUCUCGGUUUUGUGGUUGGUCUGGACUAUCAGAACCCGUACCUGAGUCCAUUUAGAGAGUUCCAGAGGUGGAAGCACCACCCCAGCGUUCAGCCCACGUUGGAAGGUGGGAAAAGGAUCGCGUACGGAGCCAGGGCUCUCAAUGAAGGUGGCUUGCAGUCUAUACCAAAACUCACCUUUCCUGGUGGUUUACUAAUUGGUUGUAGCCCUGGUUUUAUGAACGUUCCCAAGAUCAAAGGUACCCACACAGCAAUGAAAAGCGGAGCUUUGGCAGCAGAAUCUAUUUUUAAUCAACUAACUAAUGAAAAUCUACAAUCAAAGACAAUAGGACUCCAUGUACCUGAGUAUGAAGACAAUUUGAAGAAAUCAUGGGUGUGGAAAGAGCUAUAUAGUGUUCGAAACAUAAGACCCUCCUGCCACGGAAUCCUGGGUGUGUAUGGAGGGAUGAUUUACACUGGCAUCUUCUACUGGAUACUUAGGGGAAUGGAGCCCUGGACUCUGAAACAUAAAGGUUCUGACUCUGAUCAGCUCAAGCCAGCCAAGGACUGCACGCCUAUUGAAUACCCAAAACCUGACGGGCAGAUUAGUUUUGAUCUUCUGUCAUCUGUGGCUCUGAGUGGCACUAAUCAUGAACAUGAUCAACCAGCGCACUUAACCUUAAAGGACGACAGUAUACCUGUAAAUAGAAAUUUGGCGAUAUAUGACGGACCUGAGCAGCGAUUCUGCCCCGCAGGAGUUUAUGAAUUUGUACCUUUGGAACAAAGCGAUGGAUUCCGAUUACAGAUAAAUGCUCAGAACUGUGUACACUGUAAAACAUGUGACAUUAAAGACCCAAGUCAGAACAUUAACUGGGUGGUACCCGAAGGUGGUGGCGGACCUGCUUACAAUGGAAUGUAAACUGCAACUGAUUUCGUUUGCAGGCAAGUCUGAUAGCCACUUUCUCUAAAGUGUAUGGUAAGCUAACUUUAAAAUGUUGAGACAUUAACAAGUGUCAAGACAUCUCACAGCAUAUUAUUGAUCACCAUGUUCAUAAAGUAUCAGAGAAAUAAAAAAUUUUAUACUAUAGCUAAAAAUUGUCCCAUAAAAAAUUAUCAGUAUUUAUCUUAAAACUUCCUAAGUGACGUACCAUCUACUUAACUCUUCAAUGAUUCAGUACCAAGAGCAGAAUAAACUGUUGACCUUUCUAAUGUACAUUUGGAUUCAUCAAAUUCAACUCUUCAAAUAUAAAAAUAAAUGCAUAUCGUAGACCAGAGGUUGGCAUCCGGCCCACCACUUUCCUUAGUUGUACUGGAACGUAGGCAUGGCAUGCCCACUGGUUUACAUACUGUCUAUGGCUACAACUGCAAAAAUCAGUUAUAGAAUAGAGUGGUCCCAAAAUUUAAUGACCUGGCCCUUUAGAGAAAGCUUGCUGACCCCUGAACGUACACGUAUCUGUAUUACCUGUAGGUAUCAAACAGCAGCACAAACCAACCACAGUCUGCAGAGCUACAUUACCAAAUCGAGGGAAAUUAUAUAAAAACUUAAGCUUUUGUCUGUUUAUUCAACAAAGAUGUAUCUUUAGGUUGAACAUCAUUAUUUGUGAAUAAUGUAGAUGGCCAUGAAAAAAUCAACUUCACUGUAGUUUGUAACACUUUUAUUCAGAGUGAACAGGUAUCUGUAUGUCUAAACUGUACACAAUGGGAACUGAACUACCAGAGCAAACAUAUUAAAAGCAACAUAUAUUAGACAAAAACCCUUCAAUUCUCUUAUUGCCUUUAUACAUCAAUGUGUAAUACUUAAGUAUAACCAAAUUCCUUAUUAGGCAAACAUUUUUGCAUAUGCUGCCUUCUCUUUUUCUUUCUGUGCCUUUAUCUUUUGUUUGACUUUGAGCAAUUCUGCCUGGAUAGCUGCAAAAUAAAUAUGUAAUAUGAAUUAUUUUUCAAACAUCCAAAAAAUGAGGUUGACUAACAAAGUGAUGUUUUAGUAUGAUAGUUAAUUCCCCCUUGAUAAAACUCUUCUUGCCCUAUUAACAGAAUAUUUUACACUGGGAAAGUAAACACAAAUACAAAAAUCACAAAGCAAAAUUUUCAAAGACUGUCAAUCGAGAGAUUUUGAAAUGACCUACAAAUUUGCCUUCUCCUCCGUCAUUAGAGAUGGCAGUUAAGUGCCUCCUCUGUCUUACUUUAGUACUAAAGAAACCAAAGACAUUUUUCAUUUAAACCUUUUUUGUUGUUCAAUUACAGUUGUCUGUAUUUUCUCCCUACCCCUCCUGCCCACCCCCUCAAAGAUACAUUUUAAUAUCUGGUUGUAAUAACACUAUUAGUAAUUGGUACAUUUGAAAGACAAACUUAUUUUUCUCAGUGUCCCAAAGCUUUCCUAAAACGUAAAUCUGUUAGCUAGAAUAUUUAGGUUAUGGCUGCAUUCAGCUUAAGAAAUGAUCCUAAACAUCAAAUUCACCAUAAUAUUCUUUUAGUACUGCACUUCUGACUAGAAUCAAACCAAGAGGAACUAAAUCUCAAAUGAUACAGAACAGAUAGUAUUCAGGUAUGCGAAUAUUUGCAUUCUGGAGAGGGACUAGAAUGUAAGCUCUCUGAGGACAGACCCUGACUUAUUCAGUGCAGUACGGCAGUGGCUGGCCCAAUGACAGGCAUUCUGUAACAGCUGUUGAACAAAUAUAAGUGUCUACAUCUAAGUGGCAAAGGGUACAAUAUUUCAUGAGGAUAAAUUCUUAAAGGACUAAGUGAACUUUCUCUACAAAAACCGCCAACUUACCUUUAUCUUCUGGUGCUAUCUCCUGAGCUUUCUUAAGAUCAGCCUUUAAUUGGAAAAAUAUUUUUAAGAAAUAUUAGGUGUUUGAUUUAUGAAGAUGGUUGUCUUUUUAAAAUUUGAAAUUUAGAACAGAAUUUUACCAAUGCUUGGUCAUAUUCUUUUAAUCCUUGCCAUCCUUGAGCUCUACGGUAGAGUGCUUUGGUAUUUGACGGGUCUAUUUCAAGAGCCUUCAAAAAUACAGCAAACAUUAAACAUAUGUGCUAGAUUUCAAUUUAUUGUCUGUCAGUUGCAAAUCAAGCCUUCUCUGCUCUGUAUGGAACUGGACCCUCUACAUCUCUCCUCUGCCAGUUGGCACAAUGUUCAGUUUUGUCAGUAGAGGGAGCUACAUGGACAUGGAAGAGGAAGCUGUUUCUCUUCCAGGUUCCAGGAUGUUCCUCUCAUUAGAUUCCAGCACAGCUUGGUCAAUAGCACUCAGCAGCUCCCCACAGGCAAUGCUGCAAGCACUCUAGUGAAUCCCACAAGCAGUGCUCAUGAAGACCUCUGCCACCCAGUGAGCCACAGCCAUCCCCUUUCCAAGGAGGUCUGGAUCUCAGGGAUCUUGAGAUGUGCUUCUUCCUGGGGGCUCCAUCCCAGCCUAAGCAGCUCCUAUAGUUUGCAAUGUAUAUCUGCCAUUCCUAUAACUUUAGAAUUCUCUUUACUAGCCAAUCCCUUAUUAUUCCUGUUCCCUCUUAUUAUAUUUUUCUUUUACUUUAAACUUUCUCUUCAAAAUUACUGUGUAGUUUUUAUUUCCUGAUUCAGCCCUAGCUGAUAAGCCAUUUUGAAUUAAAACCUGUAUACAUUCUUUUACUUAAAAUCUAGGUUAUUUUUUUGGAGCAUGAAUAACUUUUAAUAGAUCUCUCCUCUGAAACAAAUAUUUUUAAAAUAAUGUAUUUUGUUUACUUAAUAUCUUUUAAAGGUCAAUACUCAGAUUUUACUGAAAAAAGUUAUUAUCUGCCUCAAAAAGGUCAAAAAGAUCCAGGGUAUUGGUGAAGACUAAUCAUUUUCUCUGGUAACAUUUUUCCCCCUGCUGUAUGCUUCUUUCUAAAUAUAUUCUUACCCCUACUCAACCCUACCAAAUUGGGAUCUCAUUUUGUUUCCACUUGCUCUGGACAUAACUGGUCUAUGUACAUAGCUCAAUGUGCAUUAAAAUUACUGGGGGUGAUCUUUUAAAAUUCAUGGUUUAGUUUGGGAAUUUUUCAGUUCUACAAUAGGGAGUCAUAAUUGCUCUAUUUAAGGAAGGUAAUUCUGGCACCUUUCUAGCUUUUAUAGUUAGUAGUCCUGGAUGUCUCCAUCAAGAGAGCCAAAUAAAAUGUUCCUUGACACUAUGGGUCUGUCUUUUAGUUUGGGUGCUUAACAAUGGGCCCCACACUGUGCUAAAUGCUUUACAUGUUCAAGUCCUCAUAACUAUCCCAUGAGGCAGGUAUUACCUUCCAUUGACAAUAUAAGACCUUCUAAAUUAGGAACUUACCCAAGAUCACGAAGUAAGUAACAAAGGUCUAAUUUUUUUUUUUAAAUGUAUGACCGACUCCACACCCACAUUCUUCCUCAUUCCUGGACUUGUCUUCCAAUGCCCAGCACAUACUAGGUAUUCAACAUGUGAAAUGAGUAAGUGAGCUAGUACAUGUGCUUUAAGGGAAAAAAAAGGAAGAGUAUCCUCAUAGGUAUUAAGCAACAUAACAAGCUAAGUAAAUGGAUUAAGAGGAAAACUGAAGGUUCAAAAUACUUAGAUAAAAUGAGAUAUUGUGUUUUAUAGAGUCUCAUUAGGUCCUGUGCCAUGAUAUAUGAAUGUACAUAAAACUGCUUCCCUUGAAGUUCUAAGUUAUGACAUAACCCUGUCAAAAAGUUCAAUAUCUACAGAUUUACCUCCAAACAACUGUCAACUGCUCCCUGCCAAUUUGACAUCUUCAGUUUGCAAGCACCAAUAUUCAGCAUGCAGCUUAAAGCUACAGGUUGCAACUUCAAUCUAUCUACUUCCUCAGUUACAGCCUUUGAACCUUCCACGUAUCUGGAAAACACAUUAGUAAAAGUGACAUGUAAUGCUGCAAGAGACUUAAGUCUGAUUCUUCAACUAUGCCAAAAAAAUGUUAUGCCAUUCCUGAUAUAAAAAGUUCAUCAAAUGCUGAUAAGUGAUAUUCUUUUUUUUUUUAAGAUUUUAUUUAUUUAUCUUUAGAGGGGAAGGAGAGAGGGAGAGAGACAUCAAUGUAUGGUUGCCUUUUGUGCGUCCCCUGCUGGGAACUGGCCUGCAGCCCAGGCAUGUGCCCUGACUGGGAAUCGUGUGGUUCGAAGGCCCGCGCUCAAUCCACUGAGCUACACCAGCCAGGGCCUGAUAAUUGAUAUUCUUAAUAUUCACUCUUUUCAUUAAUUGCUUUAUUUUUUUUAAUCCUCACCUGAGGUAAGGACAGAGAGAAACACACAUCAAUGUGAGGGAGAAACCUACAACCUAGACAUGAGCCCUGACAGGGGAUCAAACUUGCAACCUUUUGGUGUUCAGAUGAUCCUCCAAGCCACUGAGCCACCUGGCCAGGGCUCAACAUUUUUUUUUAAAAAGUCUGUUCCAAACUUUCUACCAAAGUGUUCCAACAGGCCAAAUUAAGAAUAAUAGUGCCCAAAUUUAAAGAUAUACAGUAUUAACGCUUCCUAUUUUUAAAACACCAGAUCUCUGUUAAAAGCAAGGUUCUCAUUGUGGGGCCAGGAAUGUAAUGGGAAAGGUGAAGAGUUGUCAAAGUUUUGAGUUGUCACUUAACACAGUUCCUAGAGCUCAGUCCACUGAAAAGGGCUCAGAAACAAUGAGCAUACCCGGUCCCCAGGAUUUGUGUUCUAAAGUCUACCCCCCACUGAAAAGAAUCAGGGCUCCUUGAAGAGAUCGCUGAUACCAGACCUAGAAACAGGUUAAGUGGAAGAUAAGCCUGGAACAUCUUGUGCCAGAAAAGUAAGCCAAGUGAGCACAGUCUAAGAGGAAUAUGUCAAAAGGAUGUAGAAACGGGGGCUUCCAUUAGAAAAAUCUGGAACCCUCUGAGGUCCAGAAAUAAAUGAUGGUAAUGGUGUAAGGGGCUGAACUGGAAAAAAAAUCCCCAGGUCUAUAGGAGGAUACUAAAAAUGGGGGUAGAAGGGACACUCUUUCAAACAGAAGCAUGCCAGCUAAUAACUGUAAAAUGAGUGAUCAAAUUAGAAAGUCACGGUCCUACAACCAGCAAUGUAAUAACUGACUUAGGCAAGCAUCUUCAAUAAUGUAAAACCACUGGAUGAAAGGUAAAAAGCUGAAUAUGCAUAUAAUCUCACAGUACCAUCUCAGAGUACUUAUUGUUUACAAAAGGGAAAAGGCACUUGUAUAACACAGACACCUGGCUGACACCACUUUAAUCAAGAGCCCAAACUCAGAUUAGGCCAAACUGACAUGCUGUCAAUAUACAGUAUCAUACAAAGUACACAUCACCUACUUAAGUCCUCUUGCCAAAGUAUUUAUCCUUACCCUAGUCUUGAGGAAGCAAUCAAACACUGAUGGCCAGGACCUCCUACUUCAGACUCCCCAAAAUGCAAAUGACUAAAAAAACUUAAGGGUCUAUUAAAGAUUAAAGUAGAGACAUAAAAGCAAAGGAUAUAAAAACCCCUGGAGUUUAGAAAAAAAAAUUGGGGAAAUUUAAUGUGGAGUACCUAUCAAAUAAUAUUGUAUCAAUGGUAUUUGGGGUGUUUUCAUGGCAGUAAGUUUAUGUAGAAGAAUAUCCAUUUGUUAGGAAAUAAUUGCUAAAAUAUUUAGAGGUAAUGUGCCAUGGUAUCUGCAACUUCCUUUCAAAACUGAUCAUGCAAAAACAAAUACAGCUAAAGUGAACCAGUGAAUGUAGGUUAAGGUACACAAGCAUUCAUUCAUGUGCAAUUCUUUCAACUUUUCUGUAUCAGGAAAAUUUUCAAAAUAAGAAGCUAGAGGGAACCAAAAAAAUGCAGUUAUUUUAACAUACCUGGUAGCUUUGCAAGUAAUUUACCAAAAAUACAACAAGCAACUCCUGAAUUUCAGUUUAUAAUUCAAGUUCUUAAAAGUAAUUUAUUAAAAAUGCUUUAUUACCUUAAAACCUUUAAGUAUUUUUUCAUGGCCAUCUCCCAGUUCUGGGAUUUGAAAAAAGUAUUUCCAAUGUUUUUUAAGUCUUCCGUUAUUAAUAAUAUUUUAUCUACCUGUAUAAAAGAAUAAAACAUGUCGGGUUUUAAUGAGUAAUGUGGUUUAAGGCUAGCUUCUAUCACUAACACAGAUCAACACAAAAAUCUCAAAAUUUUAGCACAAAAUGUUUUUAGUAAUUGUAUUAAAGUUUGACUAAUCUGAAAGUA